AUGGCCCCCGAAUCCACCGCCACCCCCUCCAAGAAGGAAAAGAAGGACAAGAAGCGCAAGUCCGAGGCCGCCGACCUCGCCCCCGUCGCCCCCGAGGCCGGGUCUGCCAGCGCCGAGGCCGUCGCCAUCGAGGUCGACGGUGAAAAGGCCCUCAAGAAGCAAAAGAAGGAGAAGAAGGAAAAGAGGAAGAGCGUCGCUGCUGGAGAGGUCGCCGAGGGCAUCGAGGAGGACGACAAGAAGGCCGAGUUCUCCGUUCCCCUCGAAGCCAUCUCCGCCAUAGCCUCCCCCCUCGCCGGCAAGAAGCUCUCCAAGAAGCUCCACAAGACCGUCAAGCGUGCUUCCAAAGCUCGUCAGCUCAAACGUGGUGUCAAGGAAGUGGUCAAGGCUCUCAGGAAGGGUGAGAAGGGUUUGCUGCUGCUCGCGAGCAACAUUACUCCCAUCGAUGUCAUCUCCCAUCUGCCCUUGUUGGCGGAGGAGGCUGCCGGUGUCGAGUACUGCUGGGUGUUGAGCAAGGAGGAAUUGGGUGCUGCUGCCGGUACCAAGCGAGCUACUUCAUGUGUCCUCAUCGGUGCCGCCCCCGCCAAGCGACCAGCUGGCAAGGAAUCCGCCUCUGCCGAGGACCUCGCCGAACUCAAGUCUAGUCUGGAAGAGUGCAUGGAGGAGGUCAAGAAGCUCGAGACUGCCAUCACCAUCUAA